UUUCCUACGAACAAUUUGCAAAUGUGAAUGUGUUGGUUCCCUUUUCACAUAUUUUAAUGCAGCAUGUCUUUAUCCGUGAAUUACGCCUUUCCUCCCUCCUAACUUCACUCCCCUGCAAAGCUCUCACAGUCACACACACACACACACACAGCAUUACUCCUGUUUUGUUGUAAUAAAUGUUAAGUUUAAAACUUAUAAAAAUCCUGCCUUUAUUUCCUCCCCAUUUCUCAAAUCUCUCAAAACCCUCGCCACCACUUUACUUUACUCUCCGUUCAGCCCAAAUCCAAAAACCCAUUUCACAUUUAGCCGACAAAGCAGAGAAAAAAUGGCUGAAGAAGAAGGAGAGGAGUAUCUCUUCAAGAUUGUGGUAAUUGGGGAUUCUGCAGUUGGUAAAUCUAACUUGCUCUCCCGUUUUGCUAGAGAUGAGUUCGACCAUAACUCCAAGGCCACUAUUGGAGUUGAGUUUCAGACCCAAGUUGUUGAAAUUGAUGGAAAAGAGAUUAAAGCCCAGGUUUGGGAUACUGCUGGCCAGGAAAGAUUCAGGGCUGUUACCUCUGCUUAUUACAGAGGUGCUGUUGGGGCUCUCAUUGUGUAUGACAUUAGCAGGAAAACAACUUUUGAGAGCAUCAAAAGAUGGCUCGAGGAGCUAAACACUCAUUGUGAUACUACGGUCGCGAGAAUGCUGGUUGGAAACAAGUGUGACUUGGAAGACAUUAGAGAUGUGAGCGUGGAGGAAGGAAAGAGUCUUGCGGAAGAAGAGGGUUUAUUCUUCAUGGAGACAUCUGCACUGAAUUCCACCAACGUGAAAACAGCUUUCGAAAUUGUUAUUCGAGAGAUAUACAAUAAUAUUAGCAGGAAAACGCUCAAUUCAGACUCCUACAAAGCUGAAUUGUCCGUAAACCGUGUCAGCCUGGCAAACGGGAUCGACUUAUCCAAGAAGAAUAACAGUUACUCGUGCUGUUCCAGAUGAUUUGUCAAACAUCUAUACAACACAAAGUUGUUCUUCCCUUUUUGGGGAAUACUCAUUGGAGAUCUUUUUAUACAACUGCCAGGAGUGGUCUACUGAAAAUGGAACAUAAAGACCUUUGUUUAUGCAGUAGCUAUUAUUCCAUUAUAGCUUUUGGUUAUAGCAGAUUCCUAGGUUUUGUUGAAUUGCACACGAGCAGAGUCAGAGUUGAGAGAUAAAAACGAAAUUGCUGUCUUUGUAAUUGGCACAGUAUUAUUACUAUGAUGCGGAAAUUUCUAUACCUAAUAUUGAAUGUAAACUCUUAGUCUCAGAUGCAAUAUUUUUCUUCAUCUGAAUGAAGUGUGGAAGCUGAGGAUUGUUUAUCUUGGCUAAGUGAUGUAAGUAUCAACUUGCAGAACAUGACUAAUAAAACUACUAGUUUGCUUUGUGUCUGGGAAUCCCACAUCGGCGAAUGUGAUACUUAUGAACUUAUUCAUAAGUUAGGAAGUUGGCAACCGUGGUCACCGGG